CAGGAGCAGGCCGGCAAAGUGUCUCUGACCGAAUACGUAUCGGGAGAAUUGGUUAAAACUGAAAAAAAAAAUGGCAACUCUCGUUGUAUGGAUCCCGCCUUAUGCCGUUAAAAUGUGUCUAUGAUUUGCAUAACACACUGGCAAUUUCCUUGCAUACACCAAUCAUACAACAACGAUAAUAACAUCACCUUGUUUUUUGUAUAUGUAGUAAGAGAAAGAAAAAGAGUCAAAGACAUUGAGAUCGCCAUUAAACUAUUGGAACAAUUUACAACCCAGCAAUUAUAUUUGCAUGGAACUGUUGGAGGCGAAAAACUGGUGGAUUCAUUCAGAAGAUGCUACUUAGAUAGCAUCUCUCAAAGUCACCAUGUAUAAGCUUAGAAAGGAUCAUCCGGACGAUUACGAAGGCUCCUCAUUAGAUGUGGCGCUACGAAAUGAACAAAUAGACUGUGCUCAGGUGCUAUUGGUGAAUGGAGCAAAGAUCGACCAAGAGUUUGCAGUCUGGCACGCUGGGGUAGAAGGGAAGACAAGAACUUUACAUUUCUUGAUGCGAAACUUUCCAAACUGUGCCAAUAAUGCUAUGAUGAAUGAUAGAAAAGAUUUGCUGCAUGUUGCUGUGGAGAAGGGACACAAUCAAAUUGUUGCUUUACUUCUGGACGCUGGCGUGGAUGUUAACUAUGUUCAUAACAAGAAGACCCCGUUGAUGGUUGCCUAUCAUCAUGAGAUGAUAGAACUGCUUUUGAAUCGAGGCUGUGUCGUCAACAUCAAAACUGAUACCACCGCACUUAUUAACGUAUUGUCGGACGAAUAUAUCACAAAACUCAAAGAGAAAUUUCACUUUAUGAAACCACAUGAAAAUAGUAAUGUAAAUGUUUUUCUUUACGUACAGGAAAUUAUGUCCAUCCUUCUGAAAUACGGUUCAAAUAUCAACUCGAGUAACGACGACGGUCGCACUGCGCUGAUGGUGGGAUCAGAAAUAGAAGGGACCCUAGGCAUCCUUAAAUUGUUGGUAGACAACGGUGCCGACAUCAACCUCAGGGAUACAGACGGAAAUGCAGCACUCCAUCGAGCCGUGCAUUCUGGUCGAACAGAAAAUGUCAAGUUAUUACUUGAGUCAGGCGCUGAUGUCAAUUUAAGAGACGCGAUCGGCUCCACUCCCUUACAUUACGCCAUGGAGAGCUGUGGUGCAAGUGAAAGCCUUAACAUUCUGUUGGAGCAUGGCGCUGAUGUUAAUGCCCAAGACAACCAAGGAAAUACCCCUUUGAUGAUCUUAAGCAAUAUAUGUUUUUUUAGCACCGAAAAUGUCAUCAGGACAUUAGUCAAGGCAGGUAGCAGUGUCAAUCAACGAAAUAAAUCUGGCAUGACAGUGUUAAUGAUGUUUGUACACGAAUGUGACAAGGACAUUUUACACAUUUUAUUAGACUCUGGCGCAGAUAUUAACGCUGAAGUGUCUGACAUUGUUGGUAAGAAAACUGCCUUGUCAAUUCUUCUGGCGGAAAAAAAUUUACCUGGACGAGAUGAUUGUUUGGAGGCAGCUGAAUUUAUGCUUGACCAUGGCGCAACGGCACGGCAUGUCAAGCCAAGCAUCAUUCACCGAGCCGUUGCCAACAGUCAUGAAAGAUUUGUGCAAAAAUUGAUCCAAGGGGGACUAGCUCCUCAGGAUAUUUAUCUGGAAAGUAAUCGUAUUUGGCCAACAGGAGUUGUGUCUCCAUUGAGUAUUGCUCUGUAUACGAAUAAUGUGAGACUCGCUCGUCAUUUCAUAGGCAAUUGGUAUCUUACCAAAUCUGAUAUAUGCAAUCUCUCCAGGAACGGGUCAAUCAUAAUAUGGUUCAUGGAUUUGUAUAAGAACUCUGAAUGUUUAUCUUUAAUACAAGAGUCACAGCCGCUGUCCUUGACCUUGCUCAGUUUUAUCGCCGUGUCCACUUCCAUUGGUGUCGGCCAUGAUAGAGGGAAGAGAAUCGAAGCAACUCAACUUCCAUGGGAUCUUAAAGACCGGUUACUCUUCCGCAACGUACGUUUCGAUGCAGAAGAUGGUAACAAAGAACACUUGAAAGUUAUACAUUAUUUGGCCAAACGUUCACCUCUUAAUGACUAUGAAAUGACAAAUUUCGUUUUUACAGAUUCGGAAGUUUCAGAAGAUGAUGAUGAUGAUUCAAAUGCAUAUUCUUCUGACAGCGAUUGACAUAUACCUCAAUGACGUCGUUAACCUAAGGAGACCAUUUCCUUUAAUUUUAAAACAAGGACACUUAAAAUAUUAUCACACCAGAUAUACAUUUUUUUUUGUGAUUACGCCUUCAAUAUGAUAUUUGUUGAUAUUUUGCAAUUGAGUAAAAAGCACUAUUUAGUGACAGAGUAGUAAUGCAUAGAUGUAAAUAUAGAUAAGCAGGAACUACUAGGACAGCCAUAUUGAAUUUAAUUUAAAAAAAAAAAACAGUUGGUAAGAUUUGUUCUCAUGGUAUUUUCUAAAAGAAAUUGGCGUACUUUGAACUCUAUUUAAUCUUUAAUCAUCAUUCAAUUAUUCGUCAGAAGUGAAGCUAAC